UAUGCCUUGAUUUUAGUUUUUCCUGGGCUUCCUGUGGUGUUUAUCAUUUGGCGGUAAAAGUGAUAAGGUAUAUAGUCCCUGAAAUGAAUAAAUCUUUUUUUCAAGUAGGACAUUGUUUGCUAACGCGCAGACUGAUAUCUGUUUUGUAGCGGCUACAGUUAAUAGCCCGAAAUGGAUGUAUAUUUCCUGAUUCGUACUGGCUUUGCAUUCAGCUCAAGCCUACUUAUCGUACGACGUGCCUUGGCGAACAAAUCGUUAGACAUUUCAGGAGCAGUGGCUGCUCUUGUUGUAGGCUUCAUUCUAACGAUUACAAAUUUCUGUUUCUUUGCCUCUCUUCUGGUAUUUUUCCUUAGUUCAUCUAAGUUGACAAAGUUUCGAUCUGAAAUCAAGAGGGAAAUCGAAGAUGACUUCAAAGAAGGRGGACAGCGCAACUGGAUUCAAGUGGUAUGCAAUGGUGGCAUUGCAUGUCUACUUUCACUAAUCUACUUCCUGGACAAUGGUUAYGGUGAACGCCCAAUAGACUACGCAUUAGACUUUGAUGCMUCUUUGCUAGCAGUYGCAAUACUUGGUGCUAUAUCAUGUAGCUGUGGCGAUACUUGGUCAUCAGAAUUUGGUACUGCAUUCCCAUUAAAUAUUCCCCGUUUAAUUACUACAUUUCGUAAAGUGCCUAUCGGAACCAAUGGUGGAGUGACUGURACUGGUCUAGUUGCUAGCGUGUKUGGAGGGCUCUUUGUUGGAGUGUCGUAUCUACUGGUCCUUUUUGGUUCUGUAUACUAUCAUCAAGGAAAAAUACCCAAAUCACCUCCACAAUGGCCUAUCAUUCUUAUUGGUUGUGCUGGUGGGUUUGUUGGGUCAGUAAUUGAUUCAAUUCUAGGUGCAACAGUGCAGUAUUCUGGGUAUUGUUCAGUUAAGAAAUGUAUUGUCAACAAGCCAACACCAACUGCAAAACAUAUUUCAGGAUUUCCUCUCAUGGAUAAYCAUACAGUGAACUUGGUGUCAUCAGCUGUAACAAGUGUUUCCAUGGCAAUCUUUGGGUACUAUUUGUGGCAAUUCAUUGAUGCUUAUCAUUGAUUAUUUUAUUAUUUGUCAGGUUCUUUGAGAAAACACUUCUAGAGUCUGAACUAUUGAUAAGUACUUGCCAUUAUUAACAGCUGCAGGGCCCAUUAUUAAUACCAGUUGAUAUGGUACUGUGGAGUAAUUGAUGUCUGUGCCAUGUGUGAUCUGUGUGUGACUGGCACAAAAAUAUGAAAAAAAAAAAAACGAAAUACAAAUAACCUCAACUUGGCUUAGAAUAUUCUUCAAUGUUUCUCAAUUUUUUUCUUUGCUAAGUGCUGGCAACCUGUUGCGCAACAAACCAUGAAACAUGAAACACUGAAGCUAAAUUUGAACGACAAGUUGAGGUUUUUUGUAUCUUGUAUUUCUUUUUCAUUAGAACAGAAUGAUGUAAGUCAUUAUUAAAUAACAUUUUAUUGAUGUUAAGUAUCAUCAGUAAUUUUCAGGUAGUUUGCAAGAUAUUGUUUCUACCUUAAAUAAAUUGUAAGGUUAUAAUAUUUCACUCAUUUAAUGAAAAGACUAAUUGUAUUCACUUGGACUGUCAUUUUACUUAUACAAAACGAAAGUUUCUGU